AUGGGCAAUCCAGCUAGUCCUGCUAUUGCUAAUGUAGUCAUGAAUUAUGUGAUAGGUCAGAUUCUAAGGUUGUCACCAUUUGAGAUUCCAUUCAUUAAAUUAUAUGUUGAUGAUACAAUAGCAGCAGUACCGAAAAAGGAAGUUGAGAAUGUUUUGAGGUUGUUCAACAGUUUUGAUGAUGACAUACAGUUUACUUUAGAAAUAGAGAAAGAUAAUCGUAUAUCCUUCCUUGAUAUUUUGAUAGAAAGGAGAGAUGGGUGUCUUGUUACUGAUUGGUUCAUCAAACCCAUAAGUUCGGGUAGACUGUUGAAUUAUGACUCGAUCCAUCCUCGAUCGCAAAAGAUUGGUAUGAUUACAGGAUUAUUGGAUAGAAUGGUAAGGUUAAGUAAUGAAGAACAUCAUGAGAAGAAUUAUGACAUCAUUCGGUCAUUGUUGUUAAAAAAUGGUUAUUCUAAGUCCUUUAUUGAUGCGAUUCUAGAGAAGUUCAAACAAGAAGUUGAAAAUCGUUUAAAAAAUCCUAUUAGAACCAGGAACACCAUCAAAUAUUGUCGUUUCCCUUAUAUAGUGGGUUUGUCACAUGACAUCAAUAGAUGUUUUAUUGGUACAACUGUUAGAUUGGCGUUUUAUAACCUGCUAAAAAUUAGCAGCGUUUACACAAAGUUAAAAGAUCCGAUAAAAAAAGAACAACAAUCCUGCAUAGUUUAUAAAAUUCCGUGCUCAUGUGAUUUUUGUUAUAUAGGACAAACCAAACAAUACUUAGAAUCUAGGAUUAAACAACAUGUAAACGAUUGUAAAGAGCAUAACUAUUUGAAAGAUAAUAAAACGGCUUUAGCGUCGCAUCACUUUGACAAUCAACAUACUUUUAGUUUUGAUAAAGUAAUAAUUUUAGACAAAGAAGGUAAUUGGCUUAAAAGAAAUAUAAGUGAAAUGAUUCAUAUUAAAGUAAAUGACACAGUAAACAAAAGAACGGAUACGAAUAACUUGAGUAUUUUAUAUAAUGACAUUUUAAAUGACUAUAAUUCGGUAAUUAAGUAA